AUGGCCUUUGUACACAAUGAUUCAUGCGAAUGUGUCAAAUCGGAGUUGGAUCUUUUUACCGUUCCUCCUACCCAGACCAGUAUUGAACAUGGUCAAUGGGUAGAGUACCACCCUCUCGCUCAAUUUUCGGAUGGAGGACCUAUCGAGUUUCAUAUCUCUGGAUCCGGAACCGAAUACUUGGAUCUCUCUCAGACGCAAAUCUACGUGAAAGCCAAGGUAGUCCAUCACGACGGGACAAAUUUGGUAGCGGAAGAUCAGGUUGCUCCCGUAAAUCUCUUCCUCCACUCCCUCUUUUCUCAAGUGGAUGUGAGCCUCAACGAUCGCGUGAUCACGCCGUCGACACCAACUUACCCCUACCGGGCCAUGAUCGAAAGUUUACUCCAAUAUGGAACCGAAGCCAAGGAAAGUCAACUUACUUCCGCUCUUUUCUUCAAAGACACGCCCGGUCACAUGGACCAGGCUAACCCUCUCGAACCAGGCAACGAUGUUAACCAAGGAUUGAAGAAGAGACACACGUACAUUAAAGGGUCAAACAGCUUCGAAUUGAUAGGACCUCUCCAUUGUAAUCUAUUCUUCCAGCCUAAGCACCUGUUGAAUGGGGUUGAUCUGCGAGUGAAGCUGAUACGGAGCAAAGAAGAAUUCUGCCUUAUGUCUUCGGCCAAUCAACCGUCAUUCAAAGUAGUCAUUCAGGAUUGCUCCCUCUUCGUCAGAAAAGUUAAAGUCUCCCCCUCGGUCAUGCUUGGACAUGGCAAAACACUGGAAAGAGGAACUGCCAAGUACCCUGUACGUCGUGUCAUGUGCAAGGUCCUAUCGGUACCCCAGGGAGAACUGACGCUGCAGCAAGACCAUCUCUUCCUUGGACAGAUACCCCAACGUCUCAUCAUUGGUUGUGUGGACAACAGGGCAUUCAGCGGAAACUACACCCUCAACCCCUACAACUUUCAUCAUUUUGAUGUAAACUACGUCUCCCUCUACGUUGAUGGAACACAGGUCCCAUUCAAACCACUGACCCCGGAAUACGGUCUUGUGUCAGGAUUAGGAUCUAUCAGAUCCUACCAGACACUCUUCUCGGGAACGGAUAAAAUGUUCAAAGAUUCUGGCAAUAACAUCAGUCGAGAGGAUUACGACAGAGGUUACGCACUCUAUGCAUUUGAUCUCUCUCCAGACUUGUCGUCGGGCCAGCACUUCAACCUAAAGAAGCAGGGAAAUCUUCGUCUAGAGAUGCACUUCAGGAAAAGCAUCCCAAGUGGAGUCAACAUCGUCGUCUACGCCGAGUUCGACAACAUACUGGAGAUUGAUAGAGCUCGCAACAUUCUCUUUGAUUAUUCAGUGUGA